GGCGAAAUCGGCAAUUCUCCCCGAAGCUACCAACCAACCAGUGUUUUUCAAGCUUCCUAUAUCCAAUCUCUUCCCCGCCACCAACGGCUCCGCUUCAUCUCCACUCGCUCCACACUCCCCGCCGCCGUCGUUGUCUCCUCCCGCCGCCGCCUCUUUGAAUAUUGCGAUAUGGCGGAUGAAUCAAUUCUGUCUGUUUUUGUAUUUUUUGUUUCCCGCUUGCUAUUGAUGUUGUUGUCUGUUUCAUAUCUCAAAGGCGAGAAGGAAUCUCCGGCUGCUCCCACGUCGUACGACGAGGCGAUGGAGGCCUUGUCUUCUUUGAUAACCAAGCGGAGUCGUGGCAAUAACAGCAACAAAGGAAAUCAAUUCGAUUUGCUCUUCCAUUACCUGAAGAUUCUGGAGCUGGAGGAUGCAUUGGAUGAUUUGAAGAUUGUUCAUGUGGCAGGCACCAAAGGAAAGGGUUCCACUUGCACCUUCACGGAGUCUAUACUGAGGAAUUGCGGGUUUCGAACUGGGCUUUUCACCUCACCUCACCUCAUUGACGUCCGAGAAAGGUUUCGUUUGGAUGGUGUUGAUAUAUCCCAGGAAAAGUUUUUGGCCUAUUUCUGGUGGUGUUUCAACAGAUUAAAGGUGAUUCUUGUUGGACUUUUUUCUCUUCAGAAAGAUUUAAAGUUUACUGGUCUUGUUCAUAUGAGAACUACUUGUUUUACAUUGAUUUUGUAUCAUAUCCAUGCUGCUGAAUUUGGAAGGUAUGGGCAGGAAAGAACAACUGAAGAUGUACCAAUGCCUCCUUUGUUUCGUUUUCUUACGCUACUUGCCUUCAAGAUCUUUUCUGCAGAGCAGGUUCAUAAGUAUUGGUUUCAUCUUCAACACUGUCUCUCCUGUUUAUCCUCUGAAACCCAGCUGAAUUGGGAUCUGAUAUGUUAUAGUUUCUUUGUGCAGGUAGAUGUUGCUAUUUUGGAAGUGGGAUUAGGCGGGAGGUUUGAUGCGACAAAUGUGGUUCAGAAACCUGUUGUGUGCGGGAUAGCUUCUCUUGGGUAUGACCAUAUCGAGAUUCUUGGGGACACCCUUGGAAAAAUUGCUGGUGAAAAAGCUGGUAUUUUAAAGCGUGGCAUUCCUGCUUUUACAGUGCAACAACCUGAGGAAGCAAUGUGUGUCCUUGAAGACAAAGCUUCCAAUUUAAAUGUUGAUCUUCAAGUUGUACCACCUUUGGAUGUCAAUUUGCUAAAUGGCCAAAAACUUGGCCUUGAAGGUGAGCACCAAUAUGUUAAUGCUGGUCUUGCCAUUGCGCUUUCUUUCACUUGGCUGAAGAGGACAGGUCAUCUUGAACUUGCCAACCAGGACCACACUGACUCACUGCCUGAGCAGUUCAUUAAGGGGUUAACAGCAGCCAGUUUCCAAGGCCGGGCCCAGAUUGUCCCCGAUCAAUAUGUAGAUAGUGAAAAGGAUGGGGAUCUUGUCUUUUAUUUGGAUGGUGCUCACAGUCCUGAAAGCAUGGAAAUCUGUGCAAAAUGGUUUUCUGGUGCUGUUAAAGGUGAGCACCAAUCUGAUAAAGCAAAACCACAAGUGAGUUCAUCCACACAUCAAUUAAAGAAGAAUAUCAUGCAGGUAAGCAUCAACGUCCAUCCCUUUAAUCAAUGUGCUCUCCAUGAGAGCAAGCUCCUGUCUGAGAUACUUUUGGCAACGCUGAAAUCAUCCAGUUCUUUGGCAUUCAUGCAGAUAUUGUUAUUCAACUGCAUGACAGUACGGGAUCCUGAGCUGCUUCUGCCACAAUUGAUGAAAACAUGUGCUAGUCAAGAUGUCUACUUCAAGAAGGCACUGUUUGCCCCAAAUAUGUCGGUGUACCAUAAGGUUGGAACUCAUGCUUUGCCAUCAGCUGUUCCUGAAGCUGAUUUGUCAUGGCAGCUCACUCUUCAAAGAGUGUGGGAUAACACCAUGCAGAAGGAUAAAGGAAGGGAGGCCAAGCAAGUAAAUCAUGUGGCCGAGGAAAUGAAGGACGAUACAGGAAAAGGUGGUGGGAGUCUUGAGAGCAGUAGUGUAGUUUUUCCUUCUCUCCCCUUAGCUAUCAAAUGGCUCAGGGACACUGUUAGACAGAAUCAAUCUGUUCGCCUCCAGGUCUUAGUUACUGGUUCGUUGCAUCUCGUGGGUGAUGUACUGAAACUAAUCAGGAAGUAGAGUGUCCCUCUUGACCAUUCAUUCUUGAAAGAUUUCUUUCUGAUUUGGGCGCUUCGAACACAUCUUCCAAUUAAAAGUGAAGUAUAGCUGGAUGUGUUUUCCCAACUAAAGAAGUCCCCAGCCUGCCCCGAAUUAUGCAUGCAUUGGAUACAUACCAUGCCACAGAUCGACUGGCCGGCAAGGAAAGUUGGUGUACAGUACUUCAGCUGGUCUGGAUUGCUUUGAAGCAUGGUAUCGUCAACCAAUAGUGCAUGCCCCUAUUGUUGUCAGACAUUCUGACAGUUUAGCGAUUAUCGUUGCAAGUUGUAGAAUGAUAACGUUGCGGGAACUUCUGUAUUUAAUUUGUGUAACAUUUGUAUCUCUUGAACGUGCUCCAAAACAAUAAAUAUCAUGUUUUACUCUUGGCUUCAGAUUGCUAAUGGUAUGUCUUUGCCAUCCUACAAAGUAGAGAUAUGAAUUCUCCUUAGAAAUGAGACUUCAAAUUCAUUCUAGUGCAAGAUCUGAG